UCACUCGAAUCGGAAGUAAUUCACAAACAGCAGAACGGAUCCAAACAAAAGGGCAUUAUGUAACUUCAAAAAUACUUCCGGACUAUGACGAAACCGUAAUCCAAAUCCUGCCCGGCCCCGAAAGCAAUUAAGCAACGAUAAUGGAUAAUGUGAAAUUAACAUGUUCCCCGAUCAAGAAGCCAAACGAUUUAUUACCAAAGUGCUUUCACAUGCAGUUUCGGUGACAAAUUCAUUAAAUUUCGGAGAGGGGGCGGCGGCGCUAACCAGAAAGAAAUAAGUAAGCGGAGCAAAUCCGAGAGUUCAUAUAAAUUAAAAGUCGCGGCCGCGUUUUUAAACGCCUCAAACGCUGCGGCAUUGUGUCGGUGUCUGGGGCUUCUGCUCGGUCAAACAUAUAUUCGUACAAUAGACCGCCAGCUACAAUAACACAUAGAAUAAUAGUAAUAAAAAGAGCGACGGUGACGAAAGCAUUUGGCGAUAAUGGAACGAUAAAAGAGCCAAACACUCAUGCUUUUCCACUUUUCGACUUUUGCAAUGAUAUAUUCCCCGCAGUACUGCCGACGAUAGUGCACAAAGACAGUCGCGUGCGGCCCUUGAAAGAGUCGAAGAUUUAAAUAUUACCUCAGUGGCUAUCAGCUCUAUAUUUGAUUUGAUCCACGGCAAACAGAAGAUAGUAGCUCUACACCCGGAGAAACCAGUGCACUCAGUAAAGGUCGCGUGGCGCUAAACCCGUUCGAAAAUUAGAUAGCUUCGUGGCUCGAUCAGCACACUCGAGAGUAGAUUAAGCGGAGCUAGUCUUCGAUCUGACCCGAGGCUCUUGACUCCCAAAAACCGAAUCCGAGACCGUAGAAACCUGCCCAAGCGAAGUCGGAGAAUCCGAGCCCCUGACAAAUUCUACGGGUAUAAAGCGCGCCCAGCAAAAUGCCGCGUUCGCAUUUUACUCGACGGCAUUGUCUAGCGAUGACGGGCGGCUUAAUUGCAUCGGCGGUUCUAAUCUGGUGCGUCGCCCACUCGGCGAUCGAGUCGUCGGCCAAGCUCUACGAUCCCGCCGCCGAUAAGUCCACGCUCGAGCUGCUGCAUGUGGUAUUCCGACAUGGACCACGAACGCCGGCGGAUACGUAUCCAAGGGAUCCCUAUGUAAAUGAGACCUACUAUCCCUUUGGCUGGGGACAAAUAACAAAUAAUGGCAAGCGCGAGCUGUUCAACAUUGGUACUUGGCUGCGUAAGCGUUAUGGCAAAUUUCUGGCGCCCAACUACAGUCCUGAUCUGGUGCACGCUCAGGCGACGGGUGUUCCGCGGACUCACAUGACCAUGCAGACUGUUUUGGCCGCCUUCUUCCCGCCAAAAGGCACCGCCAUGGAGUGGAAUAGUCGGUUUAAUUGGCAGCCCAUACCUGUCUACUCCCAGGAACUCAGCGAGGAUACGUUGCUCCUAGUGAGAACGCCCUGCCCGCGGUAUUUCGAGGCUCUCAACGAAGUCUACGAGCUACCAGAGGUAAAAGCGGAAAUCGCUCCCUAUCUGGAAAUGUACAAGGAAUUGGAAAAGCACACUGGCCUGAGCUUCAAGGAGCCGGAGGAUGUGCAGUCCCUGUACUUGACUCUGCUCGCAGAACAGGAAUGGGGACUUGAACUGCCCGAGUGGACGCACUCCUAUUUCCCGGAGAGAAUGCAGUUCCUGGCCGAGCAGAGCUACGUCUACAACGUCUACACGCCCGAGAUGCAGAAGAUCAAGGGCGGACCCUUCCUCAAGAAGAUGUUGGAUGAAAUGCAGCAGAAGAGGAACGGAACCCUGAAGCCGAGUGGCAGAAAGCUCUUCAUUUACACGGGCCACGACUCCACGGUGGUGAACGUCCUGUCCGCCCUGAAGAUCUGGGAACGCCAGAUGCCCCGCUACUCCUCGAUGGUUUUGUUCGAACUGCACAAGAACAAGGAAACCGGCGACUACUGGGUGGAGAUCUACUUCCGAAACGAUCCCAAGGGCCAGGCACAAAAGCUCACGCUGCCUGGCUGCGAGUUCCAGUGUCCUUUGGACAAGCUUGUGGAAUCCGUCAAGGACGUUCUGCCCACGGAAGCGGACGCCAAGCGGUGCGAGUCUCGGAAUGAGGCCUUCACGGAACCCCCUCUUCGAGGGCCAUGAGAGCCAGAAAUUAGUGGAUAUAUAUGUAAAUCACAAGGGUGCUACACAUCUCAGGGAGUGGGUCUGAAUAAAGCCCGCUAGUUAAGGCAGUUGUUUAACUUAGGCUGAAUAAAGGCGUUUCCUCAAUGAGGGCGCAAUUGAUAAUUUA